CAUAUUGCAUUUCCCCCACCCAACUUGGACUACCUUAUCGAAAUUUCCAAGAUGGCGACUUAAAGUUUGUUGACAAUUGAGUAACCUGCAUAAACAACUUUAUUUUGUUCUCAAAAAAAAUAGACUUUUUCGGUACAUCAAAAUUAUUUAUGAAAAUAUAUAAAAACAUAUUGAAGUGGAAUGCCUGAAACAAUUAAGAGUGUUAUUACAAAUAGAGACCGCACUUGUCUAGGUUGUAGACUUGUUAGUGGCUGUGGCCUCCUAGGUUCCGGAAUGUAUGUUUCUUAUCAUUCGAAAAAGUUUCAGAAAAUCCCUGUCAAAUCAGUUAUGCUCACAGUUGGCGGUGCUUUAAUGGCACUUGGUACAGCGAGAGUAUUAAAUCUACCACCGUUUCAGGAUCAAUUUAAUAAAUAAAUAAAUAUAUAUUAACUACUAAUUUUCAAAUUUCGUCCAUUACGCCUUUUUCUGAUGAAAUAAAAGAUUUUGUAAAUUGUUCUGGUUUUUGUAAGUAUGUAAAGUGUAAAUAAAACUGUUAUUUAUAUAUAUUAUGAUUAAAAA